AUGGUAAUGAUUCCUCUCCUUUCAGUCACCCUUUCUCCAUUCCCGAUCAGCGUGGCGUCUUCUUCAAAUCUUUGGGCUCUUGUAAUGGAUGCAGGGACUGGCUUUAGUUCUCAAGUUCAUGAAUUCUCUCCUUAUUGCCUUCACAAGAGUUGGGUUUAUUAUGAACAGCCAGAUGUUCAAGCCACUGCCUCGGUUCGGUUUGAAAAUAUUAAGUUUGUCACAGAUGACCCUGACUUUGAGUUUAUGUUACCAUCAGAUUUGUUUGAUCUAUCACAGCAACGAAAUCCAACUACAUCAAGCAACAGUUUGAAAGCCUUGCCAGCAUUUGCGUGGAUUAUUUCAAUCAAUAUCCUGCGAAGAAAACUUAAGAGUACGAUCAAGUUCAAGCGUGAGGAUUGUUGGUUACUGGAGAACCUCGGUCAUCGUGUUGAGAUUGUUGUUAUACUUGAAAUGGUGUUUCCUGAAGGUUACGAAAAUUACUCUUAA